AUACCCUGCAUAACACCUGCUUGGGUUGCCUGUGGAAGAUCGGAGAGUCGGUCCCAGCUAUACCCGUAUCGUACAAGAUGGUGGCCGAUAGCCGAUAGGUGAGAUACCAGAUAAAAAAGCACGAGUAUGAAAAUAUUUCGAUGAUAGUUACCCUCACAACAAUGCAUUAUCUAUUGCAAUAUGCCGCUAGAAGAGACUCUCUGCUUUCGCUAAAAUAUCACAAAAGUAUUCAAUUGACAAGAAGGCUAUGUAAAAGAAUAGAAGGCUCGCCAAAAAAGUACGAAGCAAUACAAGUGACUUCAACUGCUAUUACCCGCAAAAUUCUGUCUUUCCUUUCGAAAUUCACUAAUAGAACGGCCACCGUAAUACAAUCAAAAUCUGAGGCGGCGAUUAGCUCUCUGUUUACGAGACUAAAGGAUUCAGCCAGUGCCUUCGAUGAUGUCUUGGGAAUUUCGGAGGUGCGUAAUGCUCAAGAGAAUGUGCGUAGGGCCGAAGACGAGUUUAUGGAGUGUCGCAAGCGUGUUCAAACGGCCAAAAAGGAGUUAGAUUUUAUUCACAGUCAGCUGAGCGAAGUACGAAGACGGCUCGACCGCACUCCAAGAGACGAUGAGCGUUAUUUGACACUUGCUACGGAAGAGCACGGUAUUCUGCGAGAGGAAAAGAAACUGAAACUAGACUUUGAAGAGAUGGAGAACCUAGAAAGAGAUCACUUUGCUUCUCUGUCAGCGGUUGUGAGAGAUUCUCAUGAAAAAGAGAGAGCAAGAGCAGAGAGGACCAAGUAUUGGUCAGUGUUAGGGUCAGUUGCCGGAGCAUCUUUAGGUAUAAUUGGUUCAUCUAUUGUGAAUUACAUUCGGCUUAAAGAGAUUAAAAGCUCAGUGAAGGGCACUGGAGAAAGUCUGAUGGAGAAAAGCAAUGAGUUGAAGGAAAUUCUUACAGCGCAGGACUCCACUCUCAUAAGUCAUUCUACUGAGAUGCGCAAUGCUGUUUUGUCUCAGAACCAAGAAAUUUCAGAUAGGCUCGCCGAUCUACGAGAUGCUGUGGAUACUUAUGCGCUGAGUGCUUCAAUUGGAUCAGAUGUUGGAACAAUCGAAGCAGGAAUCAGUCUGAAGACUCUUACAUCACAGUUAAGAGAACUUGUGCAACUACAGCUUGCCUCUCAAAGGGCAAAGAUAGAGUAUGGCUUAGAGGAGAACAAGUCAGAGAAACUAAAUCUUGUUGAUCAGUUUAGGUCAUUGCACUUGGAUGUGACAAGUAAGAUGUCUGAUGUUUUAUCAAGAUUAGAACUAAUUCAAAAUAACCAAAUCAAUGGAGCAUUCACCAGUGAAGAGACUGCUCUGCCCCAUAUAGCUAAUAAAGCAAAGAGCCCUACUUUAGACGCAAUAAACCUAGGAAAGUAUGCUCAAGAUUUGGACGAUGCAAAGUGGUGGUCAAGAAUUGGAGCCAUAGCUUCACUGUCAUUUGGCGCAUUUGGGGUUGCCGCAUUUCUGUAUGAAGUUAUCAGAUAAUGGGCUGGAUCUAUUCAAGGUCUCUCUUGUCGCUAGUCAAUUAGAAAUACACCAAUUCAUAUGCAAAGAAUCUGACGCGCUUUAUUCAUCAUUUGAGCAAUUACGAAAAUGGGAAACGCAUGCAUUAGUUCCUUGACGCUGUGGUUUGAAGGCCAAUAUUUUGUGUAUUGAAUGUUGACUGGUAAACAAACUUUAACUUGACCAGGUAAUGAGAAAAAGUUUAUAAGCUUGAUUUCUUGUUUACCUGUAAAUACAGUAAUGUCCUACGGUUUUCCGUCGUUGUGGUACGACAAGGAAAAGUGUGUGUUUGUCGAGGAGAAUACCAAAAACACAGAUACAGAUUCCGUGUUACCACCACUAGACCCAUCUACUGUUCGCAAAAUCAACUCGGUCAACUCUUUGGAGCAAAACCGCCUUGAAAAAUAUUCCUCCCAGUUACAGAGAGAAAAACAAGACGCAAAAAUUCGUUUCUUUCUCAACAGGCAGGAUUUUGUGCGCUCUAGUUUAAUCAUCCAAGAAAUGAAACAACUACGCAGCAAACAAAAUUGUCUCAGCAAGAGUGCCGUGGCCAGGGCAAAAAGACGGCAGAGCCUUUACGCAGCUUCCAAAUCCCCAGCGGUAAACGACAACAGAAAUGGAGUCCUAUUUCAAAAUGCAACUGGAAAUUUGAACUGUUCAGGUGAUGGUUCGACCGAAGAGUGCAAUUCCGAAGAGAUAAGACCAUCGUUUUUUCUCCCCCCACUGCACAAAAACACACAAAUUGAUUUAAGGGAAGUGAAACAGAUGAAGGAGCUACAAGAUGAUAUUGCUCAGAAAAACAAGUUGAACAUUGAAGAUGUAAAAUCUUGUCGAUAUUUAAGGAUUGCUUGCCGUAUAAAGGAGCUUCAAGUUCAGUCAAGAGAGAAUCCGCACCCGGAAACUGAAAUUCUAUAGACCUUCGAAGAAACAUAGACUAGACCCAACGUUUCGGUCAUUACAACUUUUAGUAACGAUUACAGAUGUGUUUUAUUACUGUGAACUUGGAUUUUUCUGUCAGUAAGGUAGCGUUAUAAAAAGACAAGGGGUUAGCGUGGGUGUGGUAAAAGACACCGAAACGCCCACUUAUUUCGUUCUAACUAUACAGCGAAACCUCGAUAUAUCGGGCAACCCUUAUCCCUGCUUGCAGGCGUUUACCCGAAGUUUUUUUUUUUUUUUUUUGCUAUGUUUUAUCGGCUUUCGCUAUGCGCCGAGUCGUGGCCGCCAUCUUGUUUUGUUCUGUUCUCACAUUCGCUUCCGUCUAGGCAUCUUCCUUCACUUGCACGACUAGCGCUAUGACAUUUGAGCGCCUAAGAGUUUUCCCGCUGCGUGUAGAGCGUGCAAUGUGAUUGGUUGCCAUACGCGGCUCUAUUUGUUCUAGUCGUGCAAGUGAAGGACGAUGCCUAGACCGAAGCGAGCUUCCUCGGCGAUGAAACGUCAAUAAACUACCCGACAGACGAAACCGCGAACACUAGCAACAACACUUAAGUAGAAAGAAAACAAGAGAAAGGGCCUCUGUUAGCAGGGUAUCAAAUUUCACUCAAUCUUACUCUAAAUAUGUGAAUUAAAGGUACACUUCUAACC